GUUUUAGUCGAGAUGAUGAGAGAUUGAACCGUACUUGCUACUCGUGCGGUCGGUGGAUAACAUCACAUUUUCCUUCACGCUCAAACAACAACGCUCACCUUGCUACCACACUGCAUAUGGAUUUUUACACUAUUCAAAUUGGGGUGCUUUUCGUAAAUUUGGAACCCUUUCACGUCCCAGGAUAGUGGUGGAAUUGCUGGAAAUAUUGAAUAAAACAAGUGCUUUAUUGCCAUCGCAACCAGGCAGCAGCGGUGGAUUAUUCUCCGCCAGCAGGUGAUCUCAGCUUAUUCGAGUCAUUUCUGCGUACGAGGAGGAGCUUCGAAAGUCAAAAUGGGUCUGUCAAACUGUGAACGAUGUCACAAGAAUUUUCGGUCGAGCAAGGACAAGGAGAAAAUGUGUGCGAUGUGUACCAUUGUGAAACUCCCCAUGCCGGAGAAUGUGGCCCAAGUGGAAGAGGAGUUUCGGCAGAUUUCUUUCGAGUUUUAUGGGACGGCGGAUCCAAGAGCUUUGCGGAUAUUGAUGAAUCCCGGUGACUUGUUCAAUCAAGGGAGUAGGUUGAAUACUCUGAAAGAUGCGUGUAAAGCAAUCAAGUCUACUAAGGACCGUCAGAAGCGAAAUCGAGAAGUUAGCCGGCUCUUGGAUGAAAAUGAGGCAAUAAAUGCCAAGCUACGGCUUCUGAGUAAGAAGCUAAUGUCGGCAAUCUUGAUGGCUGAUACAGUGGAUCGAAUAAGGUCGUUUCCAGAGCAACCGCAGCCUAAUUCUGGAGAAGCGGCGGCUAGUAAUGGAGGAUCUCCACAGAGGCAAGUGCGGCAAUCGAAUGCAGAAGUGCCCCCACCAUCACCAUCAGUGCCUACACCAUCACCAUCAGUGCCUACACCCCCUGCCGCGGUUCCAAGCACUUCGUCUAAGGCUAACAACCGUCCAGUCGAGCAGGUUGAAAAUGUAUUCAAAAUACCAAAAACUCCAAUCUCUCGUCCCAAUGCUAGCCGUCAAAUGUCGGCAUUGAACGAGGUCGAGGUCAACUCUACGGUUUGCGCAAGAAAGCCAGAAAAGAAGAAACUAGUCGCCAAUGAGGAUUCUACUCCUCCAAAGUCAUCCGAAAAUGAGAACUUACAAGAUCAAGAUCCAGUUGACACGGAUGAUCAACUCAUGCCGCUAAAACGGGCCAACAGCGUCAAAAAUCGCAUCCAGGAGUUCGAAGCCCUGAACCGGCGAGCCAGUACGGGAACGUUUGAUCGACGCGUGUCACCGCGUCGAAAGCUCAACUUUUAAUACAGUCUUUAUUAAUUUAUUACAAUUUUUCCCCGUGAUAAUCUACAUUUACAUUCAAAGUCUAAAUUUAUCGUGAAUAACCCUGCAUGUGUUCAUCACUGAAACAGUGUUAGUUUUAUUAUGCUCAAGCUGUGCUUGAUUCAAACUAUGUAUGAGGUAGUAUAAUUUGUAGUACUGUAUUUUGUGUGUUCCUUUACUGAUGGAAUAAACGCAACAAGUAUUCAUCAUAA